UCAUCCUCUGAGUCAGAAUAUUUUUUAUCAUAUUCUUCGUCUUGUGAUCCAAACAUUUUCUUGCGCGACACUGCUUUCUUCUUCGCGGAAGAGCACGGUGUAACAUCUUCCAUAGCCUCAUCAUCGGUGAUUUCCUCGCUAUUUAGAAUCGAAUCGUUCAUUUUGUUUUUGAGAUCAAUUGGAUCCAUAAUUGAAGGGGUUUCUGCUGAGUACUGUAGCACUUUCGAAGCCAUGUUUACAGAUCUUUGCGCUAGACUGAAAACUCCUUAGCCGCUCUGACCGUUGAAGAUUUGCUGUUCCCGCCAAAUUAGUCUUAGCGAGUCAAAGAGCGCCUGCACCUCCCUACCAUAAUAGAAGCGAGGCUUGAUCCGAUCCAGGAUCUUGCAGACUUCAAGAUGGCGUCUAUGGUUUUAAGAUGCCAAUAUAAGGGUGGAAGACGCAACAAUCUUGAAGGACUCUCAGCCAACUCCACUGUUGCUGAUUUGCAGGAGAAGAUAUGGUUACUAACAGAUGUUCCACCACAUGCACAGAGAAUUCUUUCAGGAUUUCCACCAAAGCAGUUGAUCUGUGAAGAUAAGAGUGAUUCUUUGUCUUCACUGGACAUCCGCUCAGGAGACACUCUCAUCAUUGAGGAGGAUAAAAAAGCACCAAGAGUACCUUUAGACAGUUACAAGAAAUCUUUAGGAAGUGCUGCACUAGGGAAACUGACAAGGAAAGUUGUUCCAGCUGAUAAUUCCUGCCUGUUCACAAGUGUUAGUUAUGUAAUGGUGGGUGACUCCUCCUGUUCUGCUGAAUUAAGAAAGCUCAUUGCACAGUGUGUUUCAAAUGAUCCUUUGACAUUCAAUACUGCUUUCCUUGGCCAAGAUAACUCAGAUUACUGCAACUGGAUAUUGAAUAAAGACAAUUGGGGAGGAGCAAUUGAGCUUUCAAUUCUGAGUAAGCACUACCAAACAGAGAUUGCUGUUGUUGAUAUUGAGACUGGGAGAGUUGACAGAUAUGGGGAAGGCAUUGGCUACAGCAAAUGUGUUUAUCUGAUCUAUGAUGGCAUUCAUUAUGAUCCUCUCGCUGUACAAAGUUCUGACCGUACAAAAGAACCUCUUCAGACUGUUUUUCCUGUUGGAGACGACAUGCGACUAGCUGAAGCUCUUGAAAUUGCUGCAGGGGCUAAACAGAAACGCCAAUUCACGAACCUAUCUCAAUUUUCUAUCCGCUGCCUCGUCUGUGAAACACUGCUCGCUGGGCAACAAGCGGCUCAACAUCACGCAGUUACCACAGGUCAUACGAACUUUGGAGAAGUCUGAACAAGCCUUGAGGUUGGGUGGUUUGGACUUUUUCCAGUUCCUCCUGGAUUCCGAAUAUGGACAGAGAAAGGCUGGGCGUGACGCAUUCCUGAGCGCGCUAAAAUGUGGUUACCCAACAGAAGUGGUGUUUAAGUGCAUUUACGAGAAAUGCUACGUCUGAUCACAGAGUGAACGAAGUCUAAACGCAAAAUGAACGUAGUCCGCAGCUGAAACUCCAAUUUUGCGAAUACUUGCGCAAAGAACUGGAAAUGUGAUUUAAAGAGCCCUUAUCAUUUCCAAGUGUCAAGUUUGCCGAGGAAACUAACUGAAAAACGAUACGUUAGGAUAUAAAAACUUGAAAAAAAUAUCAUUUUUGUUGAAUGUGAAUUUAAAUGUAUUAUUUAUUCAA